AUGGAAGUCGACGUCGCCGCGUCGAUCGCGGCCAACCGACGGACCGAGACAAAUGCAUCCGCACCAGACGCCAUCGCAGACCAGCCGGCUGGAGACGAGAGUGACGAGGAGGACGUGGAAGAGGAAAAGGAUCCGAAGGUCGCAGGGGGCAACACUGCACAUAACGCAGACGCCGCGAACAACGAACUAGACAUGAAUUUGUCGGGGAGAGACGGCUAG